CACCAGCCGGCAGAUGGACGGCGCGUGGAACAGCUCCCAGGCCGCCCCCACGCUCUUCCUCACCUCGGCGCUGGCCCGCAGCCUCUCGGGCCUCUUCGUGUGGGCUGCGCUGCUGCUCACCGGCCACCAGCAGCCCAAGGUCUCUCUCCCGGCAUCACCACAUCUCAGAAGCCGCGGGGUUCGGACUCUACUCCCAGGGGUUAGGAGCUCGGCCGGAGGGGACGGGGCUCCAGGGGUCCAGGAGCAGCUGCCUCCCCUCAGCUCCUGGUGUGGGCAGUGGGCAGGACCCACCUUCCCAGGCCCCCUGCCUCCCACAGCCCUGACCCCGGGGCAGCUGCCCACUGGCAAGACACACAGACGCCUGAUAGACCGGGAAGCAGCAAGCAGUGAGCAAACCGGAAGUGUGCCCGCACCCGGGGGCUGCGCAGAGGGGACAGUGGGGGUGGCAGGACGGUCCUCAGAAUCCUUGGGCUAGUGGAGGGUGCAGGGAGGACGUCCCUGGCCAGGGCUGCCCCAGCACAGGAGGCCGACACACGGCCGGCCAGGCCAGGGGAUCCGUCAUGGGCAACCGAGUCAGGAGAAGCACUGGACUAGACUGAGGCCCCGGAGGCAGUGUAAGGGGUUUGACCUUCAGCCUGAGGGAGCGCUGGGGAGCCAAGGAGGGCCGUUGAGGGGGCCAGCUGCCUUUUAGCCAGGUGAACCUGACACCGAUGUUGGGAACAGACUGGUGGGGACGAGCCUGGAGGCAGGGGCAGGGGAGUGGGUGGCAAGGACCCUCUGAGCCUGAGCUCAAGGCCUCCGAGGUAGGGAGGUAUGAGCAGACGCCCCCUUAGCGAAAGACCCAACCACAUGGUGAUGUCCCAAAUAACCAGAACGCCAGGUAGAUGUGGUGAGAGGGGAGGGGUGAGCAGGGAGAGGACAGUGUAGCCGAGAGCGGGAGGAGGCGAGCCCUUCCCGCAGGGCCAUCUCCGAGGGCUUCCUGGAGGAGGCAGCGUUUGAGCUAAGCCUUACCAAGCUGCCUUGAGCCAUCUGGACAGACAGACUUGACAGGUGGGAGAUGCGUGUGCAUUUAUUUGCAGGGGGCAAAUCUCUCCUGUUCUGGCGCCAUGGUCCAAGGUCGGGUAUGAACUUGUGAUUUAUAGGAUAAUGAACAGCAGGGCGGGGGUGCAACUGGGGUCCUGGGGCCAGGGGCAGGUCGCAGCCACAGUCUGGGCCUUGGUUUCCCCCACCCUGGGGACCAGCUGCAUCUGCAUUGACGGGGCCCACAGCCCCUCAUCUCCCAGCCCACUGCCUAAGGAGUCACGGACUCACUACCCACUGAGAGCCAAACGGGGCAGAAGGGGCCUUGCAGUUGGGGGCAUGGAGGCCGGAGAGGGUGGCAGCUGCCAGUGCUGCCCAGCCCAGCAGUGCCAGCUCUGGCUCAGAAUUCCAGUCUCGGGACCUGCUUGGGCUGUGCCCGUGCCACUGCACUGAGCUGGGGAGAGAGCGACUGGUAAGGAAGGGGCUUGCCGCCGCCUACCGCCUGCCCAGGCCCUGGGCACCUGACCCUCCUCCGGCUCCACGGGCACAGCACCCCUCCGGGCCUCCCUGCAGCACCUCCGCUGUGCUGGGCAGUGCCCCCUGCCCAGUGCCCGGCUGCCCAGCUCCUCUUCCUUUUCAAGACUCGCCUCGGUGUCCCGGGCUGCUGGAGCAAAGCCUCAAGGCGGGGAGCCUGAAAGAGCAGGGGUUCACUGUCAGCCUGGAGUACCCCUCGAGCUCCGCGAGGAGGUCCCUCCCACCUGGGCCUCGGCCAUCCCCAUCCCCUUCCCUGUCCUUCCACCCCACCCUGUGUGACCCUCCUCACUUAACCGAGUCCAUCAGCUGCGAACCAAUUUCCAAAUCAGACCACACUCUGAGGGUCUGGGGGUUCAGACUGGAGCGUCCCUUUUCUGGGGGCGCAGUUUAACCCACACAGACCCUAGCGUUGGUUCAGUGCAUCCCUGUAGAAGACAUGGACUGCGGGGAGGGGUUAAAGACGGAACGACAGUGGCCCACGUCCCCGCCGCCCAGGAGGAGGCGCUGCAGACGCACGUCAGCCGUCCCCGUCCUCGGCUGUCACCAGAUCCUCAGACGCGGCCUCGGCCUCGGCCUUUCUCCAUGUUGAUUUUUAUGAACGUGUUUUAUAAAAAUCCCUGGCCGUCCCACGGGGUUUUCCUGCACACGAACCUUCUCGUCUAUUUCUGAACGAGUGUGUUCCGUGGGACCGAUCCCUGGAGGGGUUGGCGGGUCGGCCCCCUUGGCCCCCCGUGAUGAAGUGCGUCCAGCCACGUGGGGGCUGUGACACGUCCCUCUGCUUCCCCAGGGUCUGCACCUAGCAGCCCCCAGGCAGUUCUUGUUGAAUGAAUGAACGUUCCCCUUUCCAGAGAAUUUGCUAAAAACAGGUAGCUCAAGACACCAAGAAAAAAAGACCUAUUUUUCUGAUUAUGACAGAUAAUUAUUUUCUCCAAUUAAAACCAGCCAGCUCAUUAGAGAAGACUUGGGAACACAGAAAAGAUAAGGGGAAGAGGAGGGCCCUGGGGCCUGGCCAAGGGGGACUGGGGCUGGGGGCCCUGACGCCCCUGCCCGCCCCCUCGCCCAGAUCUACCUGCACCUGCGCUCCUACACGGUGCCCAGCGAGCAGCGCUACAUCGUCCGGCUGCUCUUCCUGGUUCCCGUCUACGCCUUCGACUCCUGGCUCAGCCUCCUCCUCCUGGGGGGCCACCAGUACUACGUCUACUUCGACUCGGUGCGGGACUGCUACGAGGCUUCCUGAGCCUCUGCUUCCAGUACCUGGGGGGCGAGAGCGCCAUCAUGGCCGAGAUCCGGGGAAAGCCCGUCGAGUCCAGCUGCCUCUAUGGCACCUGCUGCCUGCGUGGCCUGUCCUACUCCAUCGGCUUCCUGCGCUUCUGCAAGCGGGCCACCCUGCAGUUCUGCGUGGUGAAGCCAGCCAUGGCCCUGACCACCAUCAUCCUGCAGGCCUUCGGCAAGUACAACGACGGGGAUUUCAACAUCCGGAGCGGCUACCUGUACAUCACCCUCGUCUACAACGUCUCUGUCAGCCUGGCCCUCUACGCCCUGUUCCUUUUCUACUUCGCCACCAGGGAGCUCCUGCGGCCCUUCGAGCCUGUGCUCAAGUUCCUCACCAUCAAGGCCAUCAUCUUCCUCUCCUUCUGGCAGGGACUGCUGCUGGCCGUCCUGGAGCGGUGUGGGGCCAUCCCCGAGGCCCGGGCCAUCGACAGGAGCAGGGUGGGCGCCGGGACACUGGCCACCGGCUACCAGAACUUCAUCAUCUGCAUCGAGAUGUUGUUCGCGGCUGUGGCGCUGCGCUACGCCUUCUCCUGCCAGGCGUACGCGGAGAAGAGACGGAACUUGCCAGCCCCCGCGGCCCCCAUGCAGAGCAUCUCCAGUGGCCUCAGGGAGACCAUGAGCCCGCGGGACAUCGUGCAGGACGCCGUCCACAACUUCUCGCCCGCCUACCAGCACUACACACAGCAGGCCACGCACGAGGCCCCCGCGCCCAGCCAGUGCGGGCACCCCUCACCCAGCGCCCACCCUGGGGUGGCCGGUGGCUCCGGCAGGGGCAGGAGCCGCAACGUGGAGAAGAGUCUGCUGAUCCCCCCAGAGGAGCUGUAGUGGCCUCUGCAGGGGUCCCCGAGCCCCUGACCUCUGGGAAAGGAAGGGACCCCCUCACCCUCUUGCCGAAGGUCAAGCCUUUCCCAAGACCCUCUCCUGGGGCCGGGGACCCACAGCCAACCCCACCCCGGCCUCGAGCCCACGCCCCUGCCCUCCCAGCCCCGUGGGCUCCCCGGGUGGCCUGACUCAAGCAGACAGACUGACGGCUCCGUGUGGGGCAGCUGCAGGGAAGGAAGGAGCGGGCAGGGAGGGUGCCCAGCCCUGGGGGGCACUGGGGAUCUGCCGCUGGCUGCCAGGUCCUGUCCCCCGUCGGCUGCCCACACCUGGGCAGUGGGGCGCCUGGGAAGAGGGCCACUCGCUCCCCAGGGAAUCGGGGGUAUUUAUAGAUAAACAUCCUGCGUUUUCUAA